AUCCGAACUUUGGGAAGGCUUCGCCGGUUGGGUUCCUAAAGCUCAGUUCUCAGAGAAGAAAUGGCAGCCACUGUUGCAGCGACUACUCUAGUAACUUCGUUGCCCGUUUCUUUCAGCAACAAGAUUCUGAGAAACACAAUUUGUGUGGUUAACAUUCGAAGCAAGAGAAAUUUCCCUUCCUCAUCAUCACUCAGAAAUGGCUUCUCCUUCGUGUUGGCGUGUCUGCCUCAUCCUCCUGCUUCUCAAUCUCCAAUUUCAUCUUCCGAUACCAAACCCACUUCUUAUCUUUCAACUAAGCUCUACGUCAGUGGGCUAUCUUUUCGCACAACUGAAGAGAGCUUGCGAAAUGCCUUUAAGAAAUUUGGUGAACUUGUGGAAGUCAACCUCGUGAUGGAUAAAAUAGCAAAUAGACCAAGAGGAUUUGCCUUUCUUCGUUAUGCAACUGAAGAGGAUUCUCAGAAGGCUAUUGAUGGAAUGCAUGGGAAGUUCUUGGAUGGUAGGGUCAUAUUUGUGGAAGUCGCAAAACCAAGAUCAGAGUUGCGCCAAAGGCUUAACCAAAAACCUAGAUAGGAAUUAGCAUCAAGAGAAAUAUGCACAAUUCAAUGAAUUCAUGUUUACGUCUUAUUGUGUUAUAUGCUGCAGAGCAGAGACACAUAAUUAACCCUGGGCUAAUUCCUCCUACGGUCCUACCUUUUACUUGACGGUAAUAUAUGAGAGAUGCCUGCUUGAUGAAA